GACACUGUCAUGGCGCGGGUAAACCUAGCCAAACCUUUCAAGACCUACAAAGGCUUGAGGAUGUGCACUUGCAGUUAGGUGUCUGGCAGCAGAAGGUAGACAGUCUUGCUCAGCAGAAAAGUGUACUGUUACACAAGUUGAAAUUAUUGAAGAAAAGGAGAGCACCGGAAAAUUGUAACGAUGAGUGUUCCGGUUCUGAGGAUAGUAACUCCGAUGAAUACUCAUGUAAAAAAAAUAAAACCGCUAUUUUCGUCUAUGAAUUGGCUGGUGUGAAAACCGAGGAACUUUCCAAUAGAAACACCAUGUUGACGUUUAAUACUGCAUUCCAGAACAAAUAUUAUGAACCAUACUACUUGGAGCUUUCAAGUGAGCUAAGAGUUUGCCAUCAUACAUUGCCACCAUUUGUGCCACUGCAAGUAUUACUGGAGCGAUACCUAUACAGAGAAAAGAAUGUUCAGCAAUUCCUGUUUGAACUAAGCAACUACUUAUGUUCAUAUGUAAGCAGGCGAGAACAAGUUAAUGCACUGCAGGAUAAUGUAAAGCUAGUAAAGGAAAGCCUGCAGACAUCUCAAUCAUUUGACUUUGUUAGAUUCCAUUUGGAUUGUGGGACAGAGCUUGACUGUGGUUGUUGUGGAAAAGACAUGGCCGAAGUGAUCAUGACCUAUGAUCUGAAGAGCAUUUUUCCUACCACAGUAAAAGUUAGAGGUAGAGAACACUCCUUAAAGGUCAGCACAGAUGACUGCGAGUACUUCAAGAAAAUGAUUCUUCCGAGAGCAGUUGAUUCCAUGUUAACACAUAUGUAGAGAAUAUGCAAAAACUGUUCAUCAUAUAAUUGAAUGACAGCAAGAAUAUAUAUUUAGAACAAC